GAGAGAAUCGGGCAGAUACUGUGAAGUCUGAACCAGAAAGUUACACUAAACACAGUCGGCCAACCUUGUCCACGGGGGUCGGUUCCGGGGCAGGGAUUCUCAAGUCUCUCAUUUAUCCCGUCUCCGUGCGGUGGACUUUAGGACCACAGUGUUUCUGUUCACGAGAAUAAUCACCGUCACGGUUGAAAAUAAAGUGCAAGUAAUAAAGCGAUUGGAAAGAGGUGAAACGUCGUGCCCUCGAGUCCAGGCAGCACACUGGUGAACCUUCCGCCCCCUCUCCAAAGCACCCACACCCACAGGAGACCAGAACUGCACACAGUCCUCCGAGAAUGAACAGACCACAGUUUAAUACAGUUGUAAAUGACUUCCUGACUCUCAUACUCAACACCCGACCGAUGAAGCAAAGCCUUUCGGCUGACACCCUCACCGCCCUGUCCGUCACCCUGAGCUCACGUACCCGACCGAUGAAGCAAAGCCUUUCGUCUGACACCCGCACCGCCCUGUCCGUCACCCUGAGGUCACGUACCCGACCGAUGAAGCAAAGCCGUUCGUCUGACACCCUCACCGCCCUCUCCGUCACCCUGAGCUCACGUACCCGACCGAUGAAGCAAAGCCUUUCGUCUAACACCCUCACCGCCCUGUCCGUCACCCUGAGGUCACGUACCCGACCGAUGAAGCAAAGCCUUUCGUCUGACACCCUCACCGCCCUGUCCGUCACCCUGAGCUCACGUACCCGACCGAUGAAGCAAAGCCUUUCGUCUGACACCCUCACCGCCCUGUCCGUCACCCUGAGCUCACGUACCCGACCGAUGAAGCAAAGCCUUUCGUCUGACACCCUCACCUCCCUGUCCGUCACCCUGAGGUCACGUACCCGACCGAUGAAGCAAAGCCUUUCGUCUGACACCCUCACCGCCCUGUCCGUCACCCUGAGGUCACGUACCCGACCGAUGAAGCAAAGCCUUUCGUCUGACACCCGCACCGCCCUGUCCGUCACCCUGAGGUCACGUUCCCGACCGAUGAAGCAAAGCCUUUCGUCUGACACCCUCAGCGCCCUGUCCGUCACCCUGAGCUCACGUACCCGACCGAUGAAGCAAAGCCUUUCGUCUGACACCCUCACCGCCCUGUCCGUCACCCUGAGGUCACGUACCCAACCGAUGAAGCAAAGCCUUUCGUCUGACACCCUCACCGCCCUGUCCGUCACCCUGAGCUCACGUACCCGACCGAUGAAGCAAAGCCUUUCGUCUGACACCCGCACCGCCCUGUCCGUCACCCUGAGGUCACGUACCCGACCGAUGAAGCAAAGCCUUUCGUCUGACACCCUCACCGCCCUGUCCGUCACCCUGAGGUCACGUACCCGACCGAUGAAGCAAAGCCUUUCGUCUGACACCCUCACCGCCCUGUCCGUCACCCUGAGGCCACGUACCCGACCGAUGAAGCAAAGCCUUUCGUCUGACACCCUCACCGCCCUCUCCGUCACCCUGAGGUCACGUACCCGACCGAUGAAGCAAAGCCUUUCGUCUGACACCCUCACCGCCCUGUCCGUCACCCUGAGGCCACGUACCCGACCGAUGAAGCAAAGCCUUUCGUCUGACACCCUCACCGCCCUCUCCGUCACCCUGAGGUCACGUACCCGACCGAUGAAGCAAAGCCUUUCGUCUGACACCCUCACCGCCCUCUCCGUCACCCUGAGGUCACGUACCCGACCGAUGAAGCAAAGCCUUUCGUCUGACACCCUCACCGCCCUGUCCGUCACCCUGAGCUCACGUACCCGACCGAUGAAGCAAAGCCUUUCGUCUGACACCCUCACCGCCCUGUCCGUCACCCUGGGGUCACGUACCCGACCGAUGAAGCAAAGCCUUUCGUCUGACACCCUCAUCGCCCUCUCCGUCACCCUGGGGUCACGUACCCGACCGAUGAAGCAAAGCCUUUCGUCUGACACCCUCACCGCCCUGUCCGUCACCCUGAGCUCACGUACCCGACCGAUGAAGCAAAGCCUUUCGUCUGACACCCUCACCGCCCUCUCCGUCACCCUGAGCUCACGUACCCGACCGAUGAAGCAAAGCCUUUCGUCUGACACCCUCACAGCCCUGUCCAUCACCCUGAGCUCACGUACCCGACCGAUGAAGCAAAGCCUUUCGUCUGACACCCUCACCGCCCUGUCCGUCACCCUGAGCUCACGUACCCGACCGAUGAAGCAAAGCCUUUCGUCUGACACCCUCACCGCCCUGUCCGUCACCCUGAGGUCACGUACCCGACCGAUGAAGCAAAGCCUUUCGUCUGACACCCGCACCGCCCUCUCCGUCACCGAGGUCAC